CCUUUCCAGGGAAGUAAAACCAGCAGCAGCAGCCUACACACAUUAAGCAUUCCCCUCAAGAUGGCCCCGCUGCCCUGGUUCCGAGUGGCUCUGCUGGUCUCGUUUUCGGUCUUUCUCACGGUUCUGUUGGGGUUCGGACUGCCUGCCCUGCUGAACGCCGUCAUGAGGAUGUUCGGACUUCCGGAGACGAGUGUGACCGAGUGCAUCGUUGUUCUUUAUUUACUGUUUGUUCUUUAUGUAGCGACGCCGAGAAUCCCUCGAGGACAGGUGGAGGUGAAGGGAAAAGUCGUGUUUAUAACGGGGUGUGACUGUGGAUUUGGUCACGCGCUCGCCAAACAUCUGCACAAACUCGGCUUCACAGUCUUUGCUGGAUGUCUCCUGAAGGAUAAAGGCGGCGAGGGGGCAAAGGAGCUGGAGGAGUUGGGCUCAGAUCGCAUGAAGGUCGUGCAGCUGGACGUGUGCAGCGACGAGCAGGUGAACCGGGCAGCAGAACACAUCAGAGAGAACCUGCAGGACUCAGAGAGAGGUCUGUGGGCCGUGGUGAACAACGCCGGUGUGUCCACAUUUGGAGAAGUCGAGUUCACCUCCAUGGACACCUACAAGCAGGUGUCAGAGGUCAACCUCUGGGGGACCAUCAGGGUCACCAAGGCGGUUCUGCCGCUGAUCCGCAGAGCCAGAGGCCGAGUCGUAAACCUGGCGAGCAUGUACGGCCGGAUGGGAAACGUCAUGCGCUCGCCGUACUGCGUGUCCAAAUACGGCGUGGAAGCCUUCUCCGACUGCCUCCGCUACGAGAUGAAGUCCUGGGGCGUCAAAGUGUCCGUGGUCGAGCCGGGGAACUUCAUCGUGGCGACGGGCAUCCUCACGCGGGACAUCGUCGCCAGCACGGCCAACAAGCUGUGGAGCGAGGCGCCGCCGCAGGUGAAGGAGGACUACGGGAAGGCGCACUUCGAGAAGCUGAUGGCUCUGAUGCGCUCGUACUGUAACAGCGGGCAGAAGAGCGUCGCCCCCGUGUUGGACGACAUCACCGACGCCCUCGUGUCCAAGCGUCCGUACACACGAUACAGCCCCACCGAGCCGCACUGGUGGAUCAGAGUGCAGGUGAUGACUCAUCUGCCCGGCGCCAUAUCCGACCUCCUCUACCUCUAAAGCGCACGCUCUUUGGUUGUGGCCUCACAGCGAGCAGCUUUAGACCUCACAGUGAACUCUGCUGAUCGAGCACUUUGUUUCUGUCUGAUGAAAACAAUAACUUCAUGUCCUGAUACAUUCUGUGUUGAGUAGGAACUACUUUGUGCAGAGUUCACCCAUUGUAGACAGUCAUGACUCACAGAGUUAUUUUCAGAGGAGAUACUUGAUUUAUAUUUAAGUGUGAAUAAUCACAUAGAAAGACUUUAACAUCACUAAUCACUUUAUUUGUUGAAACUGUGCAAAUCGAUGAGGAAGGCCCGUAUCCACCCGUCAUUUUGUUUUCAGUGUAGAGAGAGUGUGUUCGCAGCAGAAAGCGGCCGUCUGGAGAAAAGGCACAGCCCCCGGCGUCUUUUUUUCCGAGCGCUAAAAGUAAAAGUAACGGAGCAGUGUCGGUCAUACGGCGGCCGUUGUCAACAGACUGUUGUCAUGGAGACAGGACAGACGUGCAGCGCUUUUCUUCUAUAUGUGAAAAAUCACAUAUAAAGUCUUUAAAGUCUGCUGUGGUGUUAUCUUAAAUCCCCUCAUGUAUGAAUAUCUUCCAUCCUGAUAUUGUGUUCCUCAUGAAGCGCUGGUGAAGCUUCGAGAGGGAGAGCUUCCUGCUGUUUCUUUUUGUGACAGACGCCGGAACAGUAACGGCGUGCUGAGAUUUUGGCUGGACCCAUCAAAAAGUUACAUAACCACUAAAACAAACCCACUUUGUCUGAAAUGUGCAACGAGAUCCUGCGUGCUGCUUUGGACACUGAGGGUGAUUGAUGUGAUUAAUGACCAUGAUUGAACAAAAAGGUCGCCCCCGCCCCCGCCACCCCCCCCCUCCUCUCUCAAACCUUCUAGACUGGAAACUUAUUUUGUAUAUAAAAGAUAUUAAUGACUAUAUUAAAAAUUAGUAAAAUUUUUAAAGAGUGAAGUGAAAUAAAGUGAUAAAAAUGAGGCUGUGUUUUUUGAAACGUCUCCUCUGAGUUAGCCUGGGUGGUGUUGCUAGGAGAUGUAAUGACAGAAAUGGCCACCAGGGGGCGGGCAUGUAUCAUAAAUAGGACUACAAGGGGAAUCAUCUCCUGCCUGUAAAAUGUGUCACAGUUUAGGUUUCUGUAUCAGAACAUUAUAUCAACGUGGAGACACAGGGAUGUAACCUAGUAGGGGAACAAGUUCGGGUGGCAGCUCAAUCUGUAGGGACCUGGGUUGGGAAGCAGAGGGUCGCCGGUUCAAGUCCUGGUGUGGACCAAAGUGUGGAGGAAGAGAGGAGCCAGGCAGUGGUGAUUGCAGAGCCUGUGUGGGCUUCAAGGCCAAAAUAAUUCCCCUCAAACAUCCCCCAUAUUCAGGGCUAGACAAGCAUCAUUCAGUCAUUUACUGUUCUAUGAUUGAGUGCUGUGAGAUGGGGCCCCCUUAGGGAGGUUUCCUACUGUCGUUGCAAACUUUGCACAUUUUCAGCCACUGCUGUUCAUUUAAGUUCAUCAGGCCUUAAGGGUCCAUCACUGACCUGCAGCGCCUCUGGUGCCGGGUCACUUCCAGAGUAGUGCCGAGGUCGCCUUGAGCAAGGCACUGAACCCCCCCCCCCCCCCGACAUCUCUCCACUAAUACAGGUCUACAGGUCGUGUGUGUAUUUCAGGCCUCAGGAAAAUCCUGCUUUUGGUCAAAUGAAAGUGGAAAUUCCAACAUUGUGAGAGAAUUUAAACAUAGAAACACACAUGAUCUGUUUGGUUUUUAUCGUUUAUUACGUCUUUUGAACACUCUAAUAAACUCUUCUAAAUUAUUACACCUGAAGACGAUCUCCCAUCCAUCCAUACAAACAGUAUUAAGAGCAUGACAAUUAAAAUUUCACAGCACCGCCGUUCUCUUUCCACAGCAUGGAUCUGUUUUUUGUUUUCUUCACUUUCUCUCAUACAGAAAAAAAAAAAAAAAAGAA